AUGGCGUUAUGGAUUUGUUCUAUUGGUUCAUGGUCUAGUUUUGACAACCUUGUAGAGUUCGCUUACUGCAGCUGGUUGCUACCUUUGUGUGGCCCAAGGUCUAAAGGCACGAAGAUCAUAGUAUUGGGUAUUCUCUUUGAUGCAAGGAGGGUUGGUUUGGCUUGUGACUUGCUGAAAGAUCGAAUGGAAUCUGGCUAUCGAGCUGAUCUGUCAAUAUACAAUUCUUUGAUAAAAGGUUUAUGUAAUGUGGACCAGGUAGACAAGGCUUAUAAGCUUCUUCAAAUCACAGUUCAGGAGGGUCUUAGUCAUGACUUUGUUACUAUAAAUCCCAUCUUGAUGAAGAAAUUGGGAUAUCCAGUUAUACAUGAUCUCUCCAAGUUCUUUUCAUUCUUGAUUGAAAAGGGGAACACAGAACUGACAGCUUUACAAGUGUUUACUUACUUGAAGGAAAAAGGAUAUUCCAGUGUUACAAUUUACAAUAUCCUUAUUGGGGCUCUUCACAGUAUACGGGACAUCAAAGAAGCACUAUCACUCUUUAAUGAGAUGAAAAAUUCAGAUGUUGGACCUGACUCAUCUACAUAUAGCAACAUAAUUCCAUGCUUCAUAGAAAUAGGAGAUCUCAAGGAGGCAUGGCUCCACAAAAUUGGAGAGAUCGAUGCAGCAAUUGUUUUAGUUCAUGACUGCUUAGCAAAUGUUAUGAGUGGGCCCAUGGAGUUCAAAUACACUCUUACCAUUCUCCAUGUUUGUAGGUCAGGUGAUGCUGAUAAGGUGAUUGAAGUACUGAAUGAAAUGAUGCCAUAUCAUACAUUGCCUAAAGAAUUGAACUUUAAAUUUGAACUUGCUCUGUGUUUACUUAUUAAUGUGAAAGAUUGA